AGGGCGCCUGGGAGCCGGGCAGGGGGGUCCUGGGAGCCGGGCAGGGGGGUCCCGGGAGCGCUGUCCGCCUCCUCCUGCGCUUCGCCCGCUCCCUGUGCCCCGCGUCCUCCACCAUCCGGGCGGCCGAGGCCGGGGCGCGGGAGGCGGGGCCGGGGCGGGUCCCGGCGCGGGCGGCGCGUCUGAGCGGGAGCCGGGAGCCGCCGGCCCGGGCCGCGCCCGGAGCGAGCCUCGGAAAUGCCCGCGCCGGGGGAGCGGACGGCGGCUGCCCCGCGGGCCCCGAGGAGACGCUGAAGGUCGCCGGGAGGGAGGGGGGAGCGCGUGGUCACCUGACCCCCGGGGCGCACCUAGGCGGGGCGGGGCCCAUGCGAGGCGGAGGCCGGGGGCCGGGGCGCGGGCGCUGGGGCCGGGUGCGGAGCGCGCGGAGCCGGGGCUGCGGGGACGCGGGCGGGCGAGGUCGGGCACCGCGGGAGGCCUCGCCAUGUCCCAGCCCGCGGGGAGGAGGCAUUGCCGGAAGGCGGGGAUCCGCGCCGCCGUGGUGCUCAUCGGACUCCUGCACAAAUCCCGGAGGCAGAAUAAAGAGAAAAGGAAGCAGGAGCUGGCCAACAGCUCGGAUGUGACCCUCCCAGACCGGCCGCUCUCCCCUCCUCUCACGGCACCUCCCACCAUGAAGUCGUCGGAGUUCUUUGAGAUGCUGGAGAAAAUGCAGGGGAUCAAGCUUGAAGAGCAGAAGCCGGGACCCCAGAAGAACAAGGAUGACUAUAUCCCGUACCCCAGCAUCGACGAGGUUGUGGAGAAGGGAGGCCCAUACCCUCAGGUCAUCCUGCCACAGUUUGGGGGCUAUUGGAUCGAGGACCCGGAGAACGUGGGCACCCCAACAUCGCUGGGGAGCAGCAUCUGUGAGGAGGAGGAAGAGGACAACCUCAGCCCCAACACAUUCGGCUACAAGCUCGAGUGCAAGGGCGAAGCCAGAGCCUACCGGAGGCACUUCCUAGGGAAGGAUCAUCUAAACUUCUACUGUACUGGCAGCAGCCUGGGGAACUUGAUCCUGUCCGUCAAGUGCGAGGAAGCAGAGGGGAUCGAGUACCUCCGGAUCAUCCUCAGGUCCAAACUGAAGACGGUGCAUGAGCGGAUCCCCUUGGCUGGACUGAGCAAGCUUCCCAGUGUCCCUCAGAUUGCAAAGGCUUUCUGUGAUGAUGCAGUGGGACUGAGAUUCAACCCUGUCCUGUACCCCAAGGCCUCCCAAAUGAUUGUGUCCUAUGAUGAGCAUGAAGUCAACAACACAUUCAAAUUCGGAGUCAUUUAUCAAAAAGCCAGGCAGACCCUGGAGGAGGAGCUAUUUGGGAACAAUGAGGAGAGCCCAGCUUUUAAGGAGUUCUUGGACCUGCUGGGGGACACGAUCACACUGCAGGAUUUCAAAGGUUUCCGAGGAGGCCUGGAUGUGAUGCACGGACAGACGGGGGUGGAAUCAGUGUACACGACAUUCCGGGACAGGGAGAUCAUGUUUCAUGUUUCCACAAAGCUGCCAUUUACCGAGGGAGACGCCCAGCAGCUCCAGAGAAAGCGACACAUUGGAAACGACAUUGUGGCCAUCAUCUUCCAAGAGGAAAACACGCCGUUUGUCCCAGACAUGAUAGCCUCCAAUUUCUUACAUGCCUACAUCGUCGUGCAGGUCGAGACCCCAGGCACGGAGACCCCAUCCUACAAGGUCUCUGUCACUGCGCGGGAAGAUGUGCCCACCUUUGGUCCACCUCUGCCCAGCCCCCCCGUUUUCCAGAAGGGCCCGGAGUUCAGGGAGUUUCUGCUCACCAAGCUCACCAAUGCCGAGAACGCCUGCUGCAAGUCGGACAAGUUUGCAAAGCUGGAGGACCGGACCAGGGCUGCCCUCCUGGACAACCUUCACGAUGAGCUCCACGCCCACACACAGGCCAUGCUGGGACUGGGCUCAGAGGAGGACAAGUUUGAGAAUGGAGGCCACGGGGGGUUCCUGGAGUCCUUUAAGAGGGCCAUCCGCGUACGCAGCCACUCCAUGGAGACCAUGGUGGGCGGCCAGAAGAAGUCGCAUAGUGGGGGCAUCCCUGGCAGCCUCAGCGGGGGCAUCUCCCACAACAGCAUGGAGGUCACCAAGACCACCUUCUCGCCUCCAGUGGUGGCGGCAACGGCGAAGAACCAGUCACGGAGUCCUAUCAAGCGACGGUCGGGACUCUUCCCCCGCCUGCACACCGGCUCAGAAGGCCAGGGAGACAGCCGGGCACGAUGUGACAGCACAUCCAGCGCACCCAAGACCCCGGAUGGUGGACACUCCUCUCAGGAGAUAAAGUCUGAGACCUCAUCCAAUCCCAGCUCUCCGGAAAUCUGCCCCAACAAGGAGAAGCCCUUCAUGAAGUUGAGGGAGAACGGCCGCGCCAUCUCCCGCUCCUCCUCCAGCACCAGCAGCGUCAGCAGCACCGCAGGGGAGGGCGAGGCCAUGGAGGAGGGCGACAGUGGGAGCAGCCAGCCGUCCACAACGUCACCCUUCAAGCAGGAGGUGUUUGUCUACAGCCCGUCCCCGAGCAGCGAGAGCCCCAGCCUGGGGGCAGCGGCCACCCCGAUCAUCAUGGGCAGGAGUCCCACAGAUGCCAAAAGCAGAAACUCCCCAAGAUCAAACCUGAAAUUCCGCUUUGACAAGCUCAGCCACGCCAGCUCUGGUGCGGUAAGGCGGCAGUGAACACCUCCCACACCCCACACUCCACUUUCCUGCAGAGGCCAGAGGAAGAGGGCUCAGACAUCCCAGAGGGGGCUCCCCCGAAGGAGGCAGGGGAAGCUCUGGGGAGGUCUGGCUCCAGCAGGUGCAGGCCGUGGCUCGGGGUUCCAGCCACUUUGGCCACAACUCCUGAGUUAGAGCUACACCUCUGGAUGUGGCCAGGUCCAGAUGUGAGGUGGAAGGGGCUGGUUCCUGGGGCCCCAAGUGCCUUCCUGAGCUCGCCAGACUAUUGAGAGCUCCAGGCCCAGAUGUGAGGUGGGAAGGGCUGGUUCCUGGGGUCCCGAGUCCCUUCCUGAGCUCGCCAGACUGUUGAGAGCUAUGUGCACAGAGCCGCCGUAGAAGGGGCCUGUGCUGUCUGGUUAUUUUAAACUCCGGUAUGGAUUUUUGUUGAAACAGGGUCACUAAUCUGAAAGCGGAGUCCUUCGCCUGUCCAAGGUGGGUUGAAUGAAUGUUUGUCCUGCUGUGGCCGUGAGGGGGACGUGUGUUUCUUUUACAUCAGGGUGCUAGCGGCCUCGUAACCUCAGAACGGCCGGAGAGGUGCUGCCAGCUGGGGAGGUCCAAAGAGUUGCCUCGCCCCUGAAGGGCUGCGACGGGAAAGGAGGGGCAGAUGGCCUGUGUGCAGAUGGAAAGGGGGUUCUCAGUAACACUGGACCAGACGUACUAGAUAGGCCUCCCUUCCACUGAUGGAGUCUGGUUCCCGCAGGCAGAAGGGGAAUUGCCCAAGCCCGCUUCUGACCCAGGAGGGAGGAGUUCCUGAGUGCUGCCUUGCUCCCCUGCCCUCAGGCAGCUGUUCCCUCCUUGUGUCUUUGGCGGAGGCCCUGGGCUGAGGUGUGUCCUCCCUCCCUGCUGGGAGAUGCCCCUGGCAGUCAGCACUGUGAGGGACCACCCCAGGAGGUCUCUGCCCCUGCCUGCUUUGAGGGGCCACGUGGUUUCAGCAGAGCGGCCAUAGGUCUAGCUUGCCCCCAUCAAGGCCUGGAUUUCCGCUGGGGAAGGCACCAGAGACCCAUCUGAGCCCCCAGCCCUCUCCCCACAUGGGGCUCCAGGGAUUGGAGUCACAGCUGGAGCAAAAGGGGAGGGUACAACCGAACCCACUUUAUGUUCAACCUGAUUUAUGAAAAAGCAGAAGACAAAUGGGCAUGUGGACCUUCACCCCCGGCUCCCAUCACGCACUCCAGACGCCACUGCCCAGCAAAGCCGUGGCUACGCACAGCUUCUCGGGCCACGCAAGGUGGAGCACCCUUACGUCAGGUGCCCCCUGCUCCUAAGUGUAUCCGUUGAGCUGUAGCCAUGGCAGGCGCGUUCCCCACCUCUUCCUCCUGGCGUCCACAUCGUCCCCUCCUUCCUGUACGGAAUGUUCGCUCAUCGCCUCCUUCCUCCUUGUCUCCUCAGGGAAGCCCCUCUUCUGUCCUGGAAAAGGCUCCUGUUCCAGCAGUUUGGGAGUGCCGCCGAUGACCCUGACAGUCCCAGCCCCGCCGCCCCCCGGCCACCUGCCCACAGACGUGCUGUCGGUCCAGGUGUCCCAGUCUGGCCACAGCCCUGCCUCCGCCCUCAUCUACAUGCCCUCUCAGCACCUCCCAUCUCUGGGCGAGGCCUUCUUCCUCAGGUUCCUCCCGCUCCUGACCUCCCAGUGUGAUGUCCGGGUCCUUUAUCAUCCUGCUCAGCCUGGAGAGGAAAAGAGAGUUGGGCAAAGGGGGAUAUCGGGGGAGUUCAGCAGUGACUGGGGAGCUGGUCUGCCUCAGAGACAGAGUUGGGGGAAGGAGCAGAGCCUCGGUGAGGGUCUUGGCCAUGGGGCAGGGCCUUCCUGGAUGUGGUAGGCUUUACUACCGGGAAUACACUUGGUGGUGGAGGCGUCAUGUUCCCAGGAGCCAAGAUUCGUAGCAUCCUUGAGGCCAUCCUGAUAAAAUUCGGCACUAUUGCCCCCCUAUCUCUGGAGUUCUAAACCGUCUAUCUGCUUCUGUGCUGAGCAUCUUUCCCAUCUGCUGACGUAGACCCAGGGCUGCUCCGCCCCUGCUGCCAGUGUACUGUGAGCGGGGCUCCAGCCAGUUCAAGCUCAGAGACAGAGCUGGAUGGGCCGGGACACUUCCUGGACUGUGGCAGGAACUUUGGGUUCCACCCAGUUUCUCCUGAUUGUGGCUGCUGUGGCGGGGGCAGCCCCAAGGCAGUCUCUUCCCUCUGAGGAGGUAUUUUUCCCACAAAGGGUGGGAAGCCAGCAGUGAGAAGGAAUUCAGGGAGAGCGAAGGAGCCGGUGCCGGGAUGCUGCUGUGUUGGUUGAGGAGAACCUCAGGGCCUGAGGGCCAGGCUGGAGCCCAGGUCUCUGCUGACAAUGGAGGUUCAAGGAAAACGCAGUUACCUCCCCUCCCCAUGUAUGCCAGGGGAGAGGUGAGGUGGGGGAUAACUUUUGGGUUCUGAUCAGGCCCCUGGGUGGGGAAGGGGCACAGUUGCCCUCAGCAGCUUAUGCCCCUGGAGUCUUGGGGGGCCCAGUCCAGCUACUGUGCCCUUUGGCAGCUGCAUCUGGGACUCGACCCCCUCAAUCCUAUUCCCCUCUCCAGCUGCGGGUCUGUACGCAGCUGUCACAUCUGAAGGGUUCCUGCGACCCGGGCCCCAUCUGGGUGUGGUUCAGACCCUGUGACCCACCUGCCACUCCCACCCUCAGCAGAGCCCCCUUGCUGGGACAGCCAGCUCACCUCCAAGGACAACCCCUCCUGGCUUCUCCCGCUUCCGAGUCUGCAGCACCGUGGGCUUCUCUGCUGAUGGGCCUGGGCUGGGGUUAAGGUGGGCAUCCUCCAGGUGAAAUGAGCCUGAAGAGCAGCUUUCAGUGCAGACAGGGCUGCUGAGUGACACCGGCUGGGCACCUGCCCCAUGACCGAUGACAAGGAUUUCCAGCCGAAUGCUUUAUUCCUGUAGGGAUCUGGACCUAUGCCCAAGAUAUAAAUACUACAUUUUUUUUUUUUUUACUGACAUUGUGAAAUUUUCCCCAUAGCUUCUGCCAUUCAAGCAACAUUGUGAUCCUUCCUCCCCGCCACGUGUGUGGGAAUGAUUGAAUCCCUGUUUGCAGGCUGGACAGGAGCUCUCCCUUCACUAGUACUUUCCCCAAAGUACUAGUCUAGUAAAAUUUAUUCUUGUUAGAAGGUCAAUAAAAUAUCUAUCUGUUUAGCUUUUAUGAAAAGUCACCAUAGGAGCCCUUACUGCUGGAACGAGGCCUGUACAUUCUGGCCGUGUUUUGUUGGCUGGGCUUCUGGAGGCAAUGGAAAGGUCAAACUGCAUUUCUUUCAGAACAGAUGCAGGGCUCUGGCUUGCCUCUCUGGGAAGCCAGCAUUACAGUUGCUUGGUGGAUGGGCCAUGUCACAUUGCCAUCUGGAGUCCUCUGGGGUUUCCAGGUUGUCACCAGGCUGUCCCAUUUGGGAAUCCCAUACCUGCCUGUCCCCACUGCGCUGGCUGACCCUUGCCGCCUGCUGCCUCCUCGGAGGGCUUUGUCCCUGUCUCUGAGCUGGUAGGCAGGAUGGCUGGGUGGCCCUCAGAGAAGCACAGACCUGAGAUGGGGUCUUCACCCCUGGUUUGCUAUUGGACUGCUCUGAACAGGAUCCCAAAUGCCUCUUCCCUCCGGCCACGCCCCACUAUCUCUAGAAGCUCCAUCCUGUGGCUUCCAGAGUGUGCACUUCCAGCCCACCCAGGGUGCCAGUGCUGAGAGGGAGGAGGAGAGCAAAGAUGGCCCAGCCUCCCCUCGCUCCUCCAGACCAUGCGGCAGGCAGCUCGCGUUCCUGGAGGGCUGCUCACCCCCACACUGUCCCUACAUCUGCUAUGAUCUAAAAUAUCUUUCCUUUUAUGCUGCGCCCAGUCUUGGGGCUCAAAGAUUUGCUCAAGCCUCAUUGGCCCUUGUGACUAGGCUCAUCUAGAUGGUGCUCCUGCUGGUGUUUGAGGCGUUUCCACUGUGAUCUCCACGAGGGGGUGUUUUCCGGGACACAUCUCUGGCUCUGGGAACUGCCUGACUCACUGAAGAAACUACUUUUCAGGCACUGUGGGGCCACCCAUAUACCUCCAGCUCAGUUGAUGCUUAAAAACAGGUGCAGAAAAGCUCGCGAUAGGUCUUAACGAGAGUGUCUGUCUAUGCCAAUUAAUGUAAAAAUGCCGUUUCUUGAAAAAGAUUCAGUGGUUCAGCUUUGUCGGCAUCAUCUCAACACCCAAGCCUGCUGGUUCCUUUUAGCAUCUCAUCCAACCAUGUCAUCGUCCAGAUGAGAAAUCUUAGCCCAGGUGAGGGGAAUAAUGUGCUUGAGGUCACACAGCUGGCUGGUGGCAAAGCUGGGAUUAGAACCCUCAACCCAGAAUCCCUUCCUCUGCACCACCUACGUGGUUGGUUGAAAAGUGACUGCGUUUCCUGGGGUCCUGGGUUUUGGGGAAACCAGUUAGCUGCUGCCUUGGCGCUGGCUUGGAGGUGAGCAGUCAGGGAUGCUGGUGAAGCCGCAGUUUCUGCUCUUUUUCAUCAGAAGGGAGAGUCUCUUGGAUUUUUCAGCGAAGACCCCUGGGCUUUGGAUGCAGCUUGAAUCAAGAAAACGAGGAGGGAAAGGGAUUCGGUGAACUGUUCCUUAGUGGGAUCGGUUCCUCAGCUCCAGCGUGUCAUGGGGGUGGAGGCCAGGGAAAAAGAUGCUGUUCACCAACCCUUAUGCUGUUUCCAGCAUAAGGAAAAAAGCUUCCUUUUUCCUAAAUUAAGAGGCAAAGUGGUCAGAGAAAAACUCUUCAUUUCUCCCUGAUUCUGAAACGACGGUGGUUAAUAGAAACCCAGGCUCCCGUGACAAGGCAGGACAAGAGCCUCUUUUACUUUCCUCCCCUGACCCUUUAAGGUGCCACCUCAAACACUACCUUUCGUAUUGCUUUCGAAGUCAGUAGAGACGGAUCUGUUUUGAGCAGUCGGGGGUUCGAGUCGAUCUCAUGGCUACAGGCGGCCAGUAGGGCCCAGGCCAGUCAGCCAUGCUCAGGACCCCUCGGCUCCUCCCCGCCUCUAGCUACCCCUUAUCGAGGCAAGGGGAGGCCAGUAAAGUUGGCCAAGGCUGAUCCUGCAGCCUGGUGGGGCUGGCUGGGGUAUUCUUUCACCAAGCUCUGUUUUACCGCCAGCCCCUUGUCCACCCCGAUCCCACGUCUCCCUCCCUUCAGCUGGACCAUGUGCCCCUUUGGGAGGGGGAAGACAAGCCCCACUAGGGCCAAGGGCAGCAGGGCCCUGCCGAGUGAGAGGCUGUGUGGCAGCGGCUCUGUCCUGUGCCUUACCAGCCCUGGGGAGGGGGGCAUUUGGCUGGAAGACUGGAAUUUAAUUGCCAUCGUCUUGAUUUUGUGACAUUUCUGCUUGGCAACGUGAAACCCCCCUUCCUGCCCCUUAGCAUGCGUGCAGCUCUCUCUUGUCUCGGGUGUUACCCUUGGGCACUCCAGCUCGGGGACUGCUGGCGUGUGAGUGUGCAGAUUCCCCUGUGUGGUCGAACCUAAGAACUGUGGCUUGGAAGUGAUGCUCCACGUGACGACGACUUUCCUUUCUUUCCUCUUAGUGAGGAGGUGAUUCGUAGACCCCAACUGCCUAUGUAAUGUAAAUAAUGUACAUUUAAUUUAUUGCUAUGGUAGCACAUUGUAUUUGUUAAUGUACAAAACAAAUUCUAAAAGGUUGACAAAUGUAUAUUUUGUUGCUUAAAUGUGUCUUUGCAGAAAUUGACAAUAAAUAACAUAUUUUGUGUCCA